CUUUAAACACAUCAAUCAGUUAGCGCGUCAUGCGCAAACUCAGAAGAUAUCCUUGCGUCGCACUGCUUUGGAAGGUCUGUGCCCGCCGCGCGACCCGCCAACAUGUAUGCCCGCAGCAGAACGUUAUCGCACUCAUGACGGUACUUGUAAUAACAGUCGCCGUCCUCGUUGGGGUGCUGCGCAAAUGCCUUUUAAUCGCUUUCUACCGCCUGAGUAUGGCGAUGGUGUUGAUACUAUACGGAAUUCGGUUGAAGGAGGAGCACUAUCGUCUUCACGCUUCGUGAGCCUGCUUGUGCACGGGGCCAAAGAUGGAGAGGCACCAUUAACGUUAAUGAUUGCACAAUGGGGGCAAUUGUUAGAUCACGAUUUGACAUCCACUGCACAGCCCAGAUCUAUUAAUGGUUCAGUGCCAAGCUGCUGCGGUGGUAAUGACUUUCAUCCUUCUUGCUAUCCUAUUAAAGUGCCACUCGAUGAUCCUUGGCUAUCACCUUUAAAAGUGCGUUGUUUGGAAUUUUUGCGUUCUGCACCUGCACAACGCAGAGAUUGUGUACUCUCAUGGCGUGAACAAACAAACCAGGCAACAUCCUAUAUAGAUGCUUCUCCGAUUUAUUCUAACAGUGCAAAGUCGGCAGACAAUGCACGUAUCUUUCGCAAUGGUUUAUUAGUAUAUGGACGUGGUAGUCCUGCGGAAGAUAUUUGUCAACGUGGCGGUUUUGCUAAACAAUGCAUUCGCGCUGGUGAUGGGCGAAGUGGGGAACAACCGGGUUUAUUGGCAUUACACCAUGUUUGGGUUGGAGAGCAUAAUAGAAUUGCCUUGGAACUAAGUGAAAUAAAUCCGCAUUGGAGUGAUGAAAAAAUUUAUCAAGAAACACGUCGUAUUAUCGGCGCAAUGUUUCAACACAUCACUUACAGAGAGUUUCUGCCUAUUGUUUUAGGUCGAGAAGUAUGUAAGCUUUUUGACCUGGAUUUGUUAACUUCAGGCUAUUAUGAAGGAUAUGAUCUUAAAACCAAUCCAACUGUGGCUAAUUCAUUUGCAGCAGCAGCUUUCCGAUUUGGUCAUUCUUUGGUGCAGAACUCGUACAUGCGUUGCGAUCGUCAUCACAAUGUCAUUAAUAAUAAUGUUAGCUUGCAUGAAGAAUUUCAGCGUGGUGAUAUUGGUUCUGCGGGCUCACUUAAUCGUCUUAUACGUGGAAUGGCUAAUCAAAGAUCACUUAAGCGAGAUGAGUUCAUUACACCUGAACUCACUAAUCAUCUGUUUCAAACACCAGGAUUUCCAUUUGGUUUGGACUUGGCAGCUAUUAACAUACAACGUGGUAGAGAUCACGGUAUAGCUCCAUACACAUCUUGGCGUAUUCCAUGUGGUCUAACUGCAAUUACUUCUUGGGAUGACUUUGCAAAUGUAGUAGGACCUGAAUCAGCAAGACGUAUUGGACACGCUUAUCGUAAUGUUCAUGAUAUUGACCUUUUCGUAGGUGGUAUAGCCGAGCGUCCAGUUGUUGGUGGCUUGGUUGGUCCAACUUUUGCAUGCAUUAUUGCACAACAAUUUAGCAACUCUCGCAAAGGUGAUCGUUUUUGGUAUGAAAAUGGUGGUUUUGAAAGCUCAUUUACUCCAGCACAACUGCAUUCAAUACGUCGCGUGUCUUUAGCUCAAGUACUUUGUCGCGUUGUAGGAGGAGGAACAUUUCAGCCACAUAUAUUUAUACCACCAGAAAUUUCUGGUAAUGAGCGUGUGAUAUGUGGUACAGGAUCACUUACUCCUAUUGAUUUGGGUCCCUGGCUAGAACAAGAUCCAUUUAACGUAGAACCUGUACAACAUACGUUUGACUCCCAUACACCAGAACAAAUUUUUAAUAUUUUACCAACGGAAUUGACUGACAGUUCCCAUACUUCAAUACACAUUUUCAAAGAGAACAAAGCUGGAUUUCCCUCACGUGACAAGCCCAGUGACAGUGCAAACGUAAAUUUCAUUCACACAACUAAUACAGAAAACCUUUUAACUACUAAUGAUCCCCAACGUUUAAAAGAUAAAACAAAAGUCAGUGACAAACUUGAUAUCAAACGUAAACACCAAUCUUCCAAUCGUCCUACUCAGAAACCCAUUACUGGAGUAAAUAACAAACUUGACAAAGGCACUAAAAUUACUUUAAAUAUAAAGAAUGUAAACAGACGACCUAUACUGACGACUACCAAAAGAACUGUUAUAGUUAAUAAUGUAGCCAUAGAGUUAAGAAAUGCAGAUGAGAAAAGUACAAAAAAAACGGAAAGUAUCACGAGAACCACUUUGACAGCUAGAAGUGAAGAAACUGAACUUUCAAAAAAAACUGAAGGUGCCACAAGAACGACUUUGACAGCUAGAAGUGAAGAAGAAACUGAACUUUCAACACCAAAAAAUGAGAUCGAAGCUAGAACUGAAAAUGAAAACGACAUCAAUGUUAAGACAGUAGAUGAACAAAACGAUAAAGAUACUAUAUCAUUGAAGACAGAAAAAGAACAUAGAAAUGGACCUAACUUUGAUUUUUUAAACGGACUACAUGAUGAUGUUUCAAUAACAGUGACAGAGAAAGAAACUAAACACGCAAGCGAAGACGAACCUACCAUGAAAACAGUAGAAGAAAAACAUAACGCAAAUUUGACACUAUUAAAUACAGAGAAAGAAACUAAAAACGAAAAUAGACCAAAUUUUGAACAAGUAGACCGACUACAUAACAAUAUUUCUACAGCAAUGAGUAAGAAAACAACUAGAACAGAAAACCAAAACGAUUCUGAAACAAGAACCAUAGAAGAACAGCAUACUAAAGAACCAAGAAACAAAAAUGGACCUAAUUUUGAAGUAAUAGACGAUUUACAUAAUGACAAGUCGACAACAAAGAUAGACAGAGAAACUAGAAAUGAAAAAGAUGAUGAUUUUACCAUGAAAAUAUUAGAAAAACAACAUAAGGAGACUCUUGUACGAUUAAAGACUGAUAAAGAAUCUGUAAAUGAAAAUGAGCAUGACUUUGAAAUAUUAGAUAAAUUGCAUAAUGACAUUUCAAAACAUAAGAAAAGUAAACAAGAUAGCAAUGGUGUAAAUCAGACGCAAAUUAAUUCUAAACUGGGAUCUAUAGUGGACCAGUUAAAUGGCAAUAUUUUAACACUUAACGUAGAUAGUAAAGUUAUAUUAAAUAACUCUGAACCUUAUUUAGAAAAACCAACAGUACUAAACGUAUUCAAUAGAGGGGAACUUAUGAACGAGACAACAAAACAGACUUCAGGGGUGAAAGACGCAUUUAUAAGGACAAUUUCUACUCUAAAUCAUAUUGAUAUUGAUACUGAGACGUUAACUGAUAAAAACCUAGAAACAACACAGGACAGUAAAAUUUUUAACAAAGAAGAAAUAACUAAUAACACAGACGUUGAGUUGGACCCUUUUCAACAUGCGUCCACGAAAGAACAUAAAAGAGUGCAAAGAAAACUGGAUAAUAAACAGACUUCUUUAAAUAACAGAGAACCUUUAAUUACUCGUAAGAAAUUGCUACAUAGAUACAAAUACAACUUGACUACUACAACAACAGCACCUGUACGGAUAAAAAUAACGAAUACUACAGUUAUCAAAAACGUAACGACUCCUAGAACUUCCACGCUUCGCACGACAACUACUAAACCUACUACAUUAAGUUCAAUAAUUACAACAACAACUAAUACCUAUGAACAGAACAGUGAACUAAGACAAUAUGACACACGUUCUGUAUACAGUAGCCCCCAAAAAGUGGUAGUAGGCGGUACUAACGCAGACCAAUAUGAAAUCGAGAUAAAUAUACGACAGACUAACAAGAGUCCUUUAUCUGCACAACUUGCAAAUUACGCAGACUAUACUACUGCUAAUAGGCCUUACAAUUAUGACAGAUAUACUCUACCAUACAUAGAUCGCACAAGUACAACACCCACUUAUGCUUAUUAUCAACCGCUUCCAACUACGCCACCAUAUUCGAAUCAUAAACGAACUAAACCUCCAACGAUUAUAUACCUAGACGAACAUGACGAACGAUUAACAACUAAAGCACCCGGACUAAUUCAAAAUUUUCUGACAUUUGCUUCAAACAGCUUUUCUGGCAAUCGGAAUCCGCAAACGCAAAGUACUGGGCAAAAAGAUAGACCUAGCUUUGAGCUUAGUAAUUCUAACAGUCAUGUUGGUAGUGUUCACAGUUCAAACGUUCCUACAUCUCAUUAUGUAUCGCAACCACCGAUACCACCACAGCAUCCAGUUAUGCAUUCAAGUUUUAGUCAAAUAUCAAGUUAUCCUAGCCAAAUACAUACAAGUGGCACAAUUGCGGCUAAUAAUUUUGGAUCUAUUACUGGCGUAGCUACUUCCAGUGGAGGGGAUAGCAUUUUCAGUUUCAAUAUACGUCCAAAGCCUGUAGGAAAUAGACCAGUAUUAGGUGCUGUGAGACCUGAAAGUGGGAGCUAUGGUCUUGUAUCAGCUCAUCAAACACCUUAUGUACAACCUGAAUACGUUAACUUACCAGUUGGUACACCACAAACUAAUUCCUUUUAUGAGCAAUCGCAUCGUGAAAAUAUAAAUAGCCCAUUCUCAACGUCACUGCAAAAGCCACAACAAACCCAAAACCAACCUCUUUACUUACGAAACCAAAACAUUAUUAAUCAAAAAGAAGCGUCAGCUGAACAGAAACAAAACGAUUUCGACUAUUUAAGUAGAACACUUGAGCCAUUAACUAAUUUAAGCACGACUGUUGAUGACGAAUAUACAUAUUAUGACGAUGAUAAUGAAGCAGUAAUUGCGCCUGGUAGAGUAUUCGAUAGAGACGGCUACUUGAGACCAGAACAUAUGGUAGGAACUUUAUUGCAAACAAAACAGAACGCUAACUCGAAUGAAACUACUAACAAUAGUCCUAACAAAUUAGACGAUGACUACGUACUACCAGUUCUAAACGGUUCUGAUAAGAAAAUGAAUGAUAUACCGAAACCAAUGCAACGUACGACUUUAUUGAUACCUAUACACUUGACAGAAACUGCUACUAAUUAUCCAGACACUUUUGGUAAACAUUUAAAUAAUGACAUUUUAGCUGAAGACAUUGAAGAAACUUCAACAGAAACUUUACUAGAGACCAAAACAGCGGCAAUAACAGCUUUACGUCAUGAAACAGAACAUCGACUUAACAGACCCGCAUUGAGAAUUGCAUUUGCACCAAUCAAAAUUUUAACAAAACCAGAGAGACCAGAUAAUUGGGUAAUAUAUGAUACUCCUGAAGAAAAACCAUUGCUUCCCGCAAUACCUGAAAUUAACGUCGACGCUUCACCAACAGCUGAAGUACCCAUGCCCAUUAAUAUUGAAGCCAACAGUUGGAUAAUAAAGCAUAAAAAUAGGCUAACAAGUCAACAGACUUUACAAUCACACACAAGUCCACAGAAGGAGUUUAGUACAUUACCCAAUUCGGCAUUUGAUUUAUCUGUAGGUAGUAAAACAAACAUUGAAGAACUUUUCAACCAAACGGCAGGUGCUAUACAUAAUACAAUCAGAAUACCAGGUUUUAGAGAAAAGCGUACAACAGUUCCUUCAAGUACAAGUUCACAUAAUAUCGGAUCAACCAAGUCGAGUUUGAAAACAUGAAUUUCAAUAAUUAUUAAAUGCUAUUCUGAGAACUGUUCUCUUCCUAUUUACUGCUGUUUUUAUUAGUUUAUAUUAUUAUUUAUUUUAAAUAUAUUUAUUUAAU